GAGAACAGAGCUCUGCUGUGACCUGCUGUGGAGCGACUGAGAAGAUGGCACUGAUCUGGUUUUUGGCAGCUCUUGUCUCUGUUGCUUCAGCCAUCGACUAUAGGGACCGAUAUAAGCCAUUGGACUGUUCUCAUCACUACAAAUCAGGAGAAAGGUUUAGUAAGGUUUACACCAUCCAUCCAGACGGUGACCACCCUCACCAUGCUUUCUGUCACAUGGUAUCAGAUGGCAGAGAUGAAGAUAACGGAGGAUGGACGGUGAUUCAGAGGAGGAUGGACGGCACAUUGAAUUUCUAUCAGCCAUGGAAAGAGUACAAGAGAGGAUUCGGGUCUAUGGAGGGCGAACACUGGAUGGGGCUGGAGCACAUCCACCACAUGACACGCCACAAGAGGCACAUGCUGAGAGUGGAUAUGGAGGACUUUGAAGGAAGGAGAGGUUUCGCUCAUUACACGUCUUUCUCUGUGGCAUCUGAGGACGACGGCUAUAAACUGCACAUUUCUGGAUUCAGGGAUGGAGGAGCAGGCGACUCCUUGACGGCCCAUAAUGAAAUGAAGUUCUCCACUUUUGACAAAGACCAAGAUUUGUACGAAAAGAACUGCGCCAGAGAGUUCCUCGGGGGAUUCUGGUAUAAAAAGUGUCACCAUGCAAAUCCCAACGGUGUGUACUUAUGGGGUCACGAUCGCACCCACUACGCUAUCGGUGUGUGUUGGUGGAGCUGGGAUCACAACUACUACAACAGCUUGAAACACAUCACCAUGAGGAUCAAACCUCAUGACACCUAGACUAAUGUUUACAGUUUAACAUGUAAGGCUUAUUACUUUAUCUUUAAUGCUUACGGUAUGUUUAGAGCUGAGCACUCAGUGUGUAUGUGAACAUAUGUGCUGGACACAGUGAAGGUUUGACCUCUGUAAAGUCUCUGCUCUCCCUCCAGAAGUUAUAACAUAUUGACUUUCCUGUGUUUAACUCUUCCACAAGCUGUUUAAUGACCGUGAUUUGUCUUUGUUUAAGUCUGUUUUUACUAUCCAAAUGAUAAUAAACUCAAUAAACUGCAGAUUUAAUGC